GCGAAAUCGCGAUCUCGCCAUGGAAGGGUCGCGUCGAAUUGCAUCGUUUACAGAAUCGACUCCCAUCUCUCUUCCCCUAGAUUUCCCUCCGAACUUCCUCCAUCUUCGUUCCUUCAAGUUCGUUCCUUCCUCCCUCUGGCAUACACCUUCAGCCCAAAGGUAGAAUCUUUGCUUGAAUUGGUGAGUACCCAGAAGCGCGAUUCUUGUCGGGAAGGCUCAUCAUGGGAGUGGGCAUCUCGUUCUUGAUCGGGUUGAAGGCCGCGGCUCUGUUCCUGCUCUUCGCCUUCCUCAGAAGCCGCGGCUUCGGGCUGCUGUGCCUCCCGUUCCUGUACGCGUCCCUCGUGUCCCUGCUCGUCUCCCUCGCUUCCCACCCCUCCAUCAACCUCCCCCUGCUCCUGGGCAAGAGCCCGGACGGGUCGUUCCCCGUCUGGUCGGUCCUCAUCUUCGGCCCGUACCUGUACUUCGUCAGGGCCUUUUCUGCGAUCAGGAGGCUGCGGAGCGGGGAGGCCCCGUACACCGAGAUCUGCGAGGGUGUCUACGUUGGUGGGUGGCCUUCGUCUCUCGAUAAGUUGCCCCCCGGCGACCCCGCGAUCGUCGACUGCACCUGCGAGCUCCCGCGGCGGCCGGAGCUGCGUGGGCACGCGUAUUUCUGCGUCCCGACUUGGGACACGCGGUCGCCGGGGCCCGGGGAGAUCGAGUCCGCGGUGAAGUGGGCUUGCAGGAAGAGGGCUCGGAACAAGCCUGUGUUCAUUCACUGUGCCUAUGGUCAUGGAAGGAGUGUGGCAGUAUCAUGUGCUCUGCUAGUGGCUCUUGGGGUUGCAGAGGACUGGAAAAAUGCGGAGAGGAUAAUAAAGGAAAGACGUCCUUAUAUUCGGAUGAAUGGACUCCACAGGAAGGCAUUGGAAGAAUGGUCAAAGCAUCGGUUGUCUGCUCCCAAGAAGACCGGAUUUGGAGAAAUAAGAUCCACGCUCUCCUCAGGUGAAUCCAAUUAUUCUUGAUCGGACACAUCUGAAUGCACAGGACAAAAUCUUGUUUAGGAGCUUUUCCCAGUUAAAUUCGUGCUAUAUUAGAGCCUCUUUUCUGUGACAGUUGGCGUUUCUCCAAUUGCCUUGGAAAUAUACUCUCCUAUUGUUGGAGCGGCUCUGCAACAUUAUCAACCGGCUCUGUGUUUUCAUGUGUUGUAUGGUUUUUAAUGGUUUUUUAUGUAUGCAAUAACAGAGCUUUUGAUUUAGCCAA